ACAUUUCAGUCUCAUCAAUCAAAAUAGUGGACGCACGUCACGUGGACUUUCAUUUAUUUUGCACGUCAGUAAUAUUUUCUAAACAUCCAUUAUGUUUAAGACGCAGAAGCUUGGACAAUGAAGCAUUGUCACAUUGGAACUAAUUAAUUAAAAGACUAACUCGGGAGGUUAACUGUCAUGCUCUCAAUAUAUAGUCCAGCUAUGAAAUGCGCUUGAAUGCAUUCAGACUUAUUUGGAAAUUAUAUUAGGCCUAAUUUAAGCAACAUAAUAAGAAGUAAAAAAUAACCAUGAGAUUCCUAGUUGGUUUGCUAACUCUUUUCUGGCUGAGUGCAACUUUCGCGCAAAAGAAGAGAACCGGACAAGUCAUAGAGAAAAAGGUUCAAUGGACGAGAAACAUUCGAGGUCUAAAUGUGAAGGAAUCGGCUGUUGUUACACGGCAGUUCAAGGGACUGCUGCUGAGAACCGUCGAUGCAAACAUGGCACGAGUUAACAUGUCUCGAUCUUCUAUCAUGUUCGACCUAUCCAAAAAUAUUGCCGCGGUGUACCUGCACCCCAAGACUCAAGGAAAUAAACAGGCCGGGGGUGGUCCAUGUUUCAUAGUCUCAGUGGUAAGGGACUACAAUCUAACCGCCGACAUGAUAAUAGCAAGAAAUCGCACCUACAUAUCGAAUACAGCCACGCCUCUUGAGUUCCACGCUUCCGCUUCCUCGAUGGACUUCGCUCAGAGACAAUCGUUCCGCUCAUUGAGUCCACUCAUCGACGGCUUCUGUUACUACAGCCACAUUAUAGACUGUACUCUGUCCAGGACAAACACGAUCGGAGGAAGUCGCAUACUUGUUCAAGGAAUAGACCGACCCAUCAUACUGCAUCUCGAUAAGUCGACUAAUUUUGACGUCGGUGCCUUCUAUUAGCUGGUGAAUAAAUUAUAAUAAUAAAAAAGAGUAAAUAAAUGCUGUAUGCGAGAUGUAUAUUUAUGUCAUUUCAACAAAUAAAUAUAUCGUGUUUU